CGGGGGCCCGCCACUUCUCGCGAUACCUCAGGCGGCUUGAGCGGGAGAGCAGAGGGACGCCCCCCCCGGUCCCCACCAACCCCCGGCGAUCACGUGACACCCGGCGCGGGCGGGCCGGCCGGUUUGAAAAAUAACCGCCAGGCGCGCGCGCGCGCGCUGGCUCCCGGCCCCGCCCCUCACGGGGUGGGAGGGGGAGGAGAAAAAAACCUCGCGAGAGUUGGGCGGUUUUGCCGGUGUGACGCGCUAGAAAUAAUUUGAAAAUGGCCGCCGCGCCGAGCGGAGGAGAGAGGCUCAGUGAAGAGAAGUCCGAAGACCACGAGCAGGGCGGGCAGAGGGAGAAGCUGGUGAAGGUGAAGAAGCAGAAGAAGAAAGAUGAACGGGACGAAGAGAAGCACAGGGAGGCCCAGUCGACGGAGGCGCCGGUUCCCGAGCCAGCUGACGGCACCAAGGCCGAAACGGCGGAGCAAGAGGGGGCCGUCGCGACCACCCCUUCCACCCCGAAGCCCCGGCGUUCCCUGAUCCGAGACCGAGGCCCCCUGUACGAUGACCCCACGCUUCAGGGCUGGACGCGGAAGCUGAAGCAGAGAAAGUCAGGUCGAUCGGCGGGGAAGUACGAUGUGUACAUUAUCAACCCGCAAGGAAAGGCGUUCCGUUCCAAGGUGGAACUCCUGGCGCACUUCGAGAAGGUCGGAGACACCACCCUUGACCCCAGUGACUUUGACUUCACGGUCACAGGCCGGGGAAGCCCCUCGAGGAGAGAGAAAAAGCCGCCCAAAAAGCCAAAGACCCCCAAGUCGCCGGGCACCGGGAGGGGACGGGGCCGCCCCAAAGGGAGCGGGAAGGACAAGGUGCGUAAGGGCGGCCCGUCCAAGAGGUUGUCAGACAAGAGCGCGGCCAAGCUCCUGGUCAAAAUGCCUUUCUCGGCUCCACUGCUGCAGAAAGCCGAAGGGGCCACGUCUUCCACAGAGCAGCUUCCGAAAGUGCGCAAGGGGGUCCCCGGCAGGAAGAGGAAGUCCGACGCCGACCCCCAGGCCGUCCCCAAGAAGAGGGGCCGGAAGCCGGGUGGGGGAGGCGGUGGCGGGGGCGGCGGCAGCGCGGCGCCGGCGGCCAAGAAGAAAGCGGUGAAGGAGUCCUCUGCCAAGCCCGAAGAGGUCGCAGUCCUGCCGAUCAAGAAGCGGAACCUGGGUGAGGAGAGCUCCCCCUUGAAGAAGAGGAAGAGCACCCGCAUCUUUGAGGAGGACCCUGGCGUGCCGGUGGUGGGGAGCUCGGUGCCAAAGGAGGGAGGCGAGGCAGACGAGCCGGCGGACGGCGGGGAGAAGAGCAGCAAGGGACAGAAAGGCGUCAAAAGCGUGGCGCCCAAGACCCGGGAAGGCAGCCCCAAGGGCAGGGGUGUCAAGAAGGAGCCCCCGCACCCCGCCGAGGCCAAAGAGUCGGGCCCGAGGGAGCUGGCGGCCCAGGAGGCGGAGAGCUCCAAGGACAGGAGCAGCCCCCCGGAACCCAAAGACUUGAGCGCCCGAGCGUGUGGCGAGGACAAGCCCCUGCGCAGCAGACCGGAGACCGACCUGCUCCCCAAGGAGCCCUCGAAGACUGAGCUCGCAGACAAGGGCAAGGGGGAGCAGCGGGGCGUCAUCUCGGCUGUCCCCAGGCCGGGCAGAGAGGAACCAGCGGACACCCGGGCGACCGUUUCGGAGAGAGUUAGCUGACUUUGAUAGGAAGAAGGAAAAAAAAACCAACCGAACGAGGCAGCUGUUGUGUCUUUUUCUCGUUGUGAGUAGGGCUCUGAAGGAAGGCUUUUCCAGACCAGUGAUGCUGAACCUCGAAGCUUACAUGGGGCAAGAUUUAAUUUCUAAUUUCCUCCUUGAAGUGUUUGCAUCUGUUAGGUGGUCAAGUGUUCAGUCUGUCUUUUGUGUUUUGUUCGGAAAAAAGAUAGCGAGUGAGGGGGGGGGGCCCACCCCCACCUCCCUUAACCCCCCCCCUCCCCUCUUCCUCCCUCUCCCUCUCCCUCCCACUGAGGAAGGUGGGGAGGUAUGUGGGAAAGAGAGAGGUAAAAGCUUACCGUGCCUUCUGUGAUGUGGCCAGAGAGCUUGCCUCCUGUUAGGGCGUCCUCGGGCUUAAAGUCGGGUAGGGGUGGGGUGGGUGGGGUGGGGAAAACUUCUCGGGACCCGCAUCCCAAUUUGUUGGGGGGGGUGGGGGGAGGGAGGGAGUAGUGAUGGCCGCAACAAUGGCGUCGUGCCUCCCAGCGGUCGUUCAGAGCGGACCUGACAUCCAGAGGCAGGAGGCCAGCAGUGCACCGAUUUUUCUACCCCCAACCCACCCCCCCCCCCCCCCCCAUUUUGUACUUGUGUUGCACUGACGUGCUUUGCCUGGUUAGCAGCACCUUGGAUUCUGAGCCCAGGCGCAGGUUUGGCCUCCACUCCCCUCCCCCUUCGGGUGUCCCGAGGGGACUCGGCGAAUCGUUGGCGGGCUGUGUGGUGGAAUUUGCCGGGUGGUGGAGGGAGAGGUGGGGAGAGAGAGUCCAGCUGGCACCUGUGCUCAUUCAGAGUCGGGGUCCCAAGGUGGGGAGGGCAUUGGUGAGACCGCCGUUGGGCAGAAGGAGCCCACCCACCCCACUGCUGGGUGAAGGGGCGCCCCUCUGCAUCGCGCACCCGGUGGCGCAGAGCUCGCCCAGCCAGACUGCCAUGAGGGGAGACAAGGGGCGCCCCCUCCUCCUGCACUGGUGGGGGAGGAGGGGGUGUGGGGCUGGUGGCCUGCAGUUCAAGGGGUGACUGAUUCGGGGCGGGGUCGGUGGGAGGGUGGGGGUCGGCUGCUUGGCUAUCCUCUCCGAUCCAGCCCGAAGGCCAUGGGGUGGGUGCCAGCUGCGGUAAGGGGGGUGGGGUGGGCAAAGGAGGAGGUACAAUCUUCUGAAAGGAACCACUUUGCUUGGACUUCUGUCUUGUGUGCGGUGGGGAGGGGACAAGGGGACGGACAGCCGUGCAGCAAGCUUUCGACUGCCAUGGAAGCCCCUUCUUCUGAUGCUCCUCGCCCGAGUGCCGCGGGGCUUUCAGCUUCCCGCAGAUGUGUACGCACUCACGUACUGUUCGCAAACCAGAGAAAGGAAACACCCAUGCACUCAGGAGGCAUGUGAGGAGGCGCUCCCCCCCCCCCCCACUUCCCCGAGAUUGGAGACCUUGCCUGAGUCUGAAAUGUGACGGCCCAUCAACGGGGUCCCCAUUGUCGAUCAGACCCUUGACUCUCCCUUUCAGUGCAUCCGUGCACAAAGCACUCCAUCAGCAAACGCCCCAGCCCACUCCGCUGCAACCCCCUGCCUUCCCCACGCCGUCGCUGGGACUUGCCUGCACUUCUGUCCGGCUCAAGAAAGUCUUCUUGCUUUGGUUUGGGGUCUGGGAGAAGGGGGGAAGGAGAAUGAAACUUAGGAGGGA